AUGUUGGGUGAGGUGAUGUUGGUAGCUAACCAAGUGUUGGCAGCUAGGCAGGAGGAGGAGGAGGAGGAGGAGGAGGAGCAAGAUGAGGACAAUGGGCUGGGCUACCUACCAACGCAGCUUUGUAUAAGAAAGGCUGAGAAUCCUGUCCCUCGAUACUCGAUUCAUCAUCAAGCCAGCCCAAUCUUUCCAUCUGAGUCUAUUACUUUGCCAGAAUACUUGCAUACAUUUUUACUACUUGAUACACAAUACACAAUACACAUACACGAAACACCCGCACCCGCAUACUUUACAAACAUGCUCAUGUCUUCGCUCGCCUCCAUCCAAGCCGCCGGCAUCUACACGCCGGAGACGGUGCCCAUCGAAAAGACGUACGGCCUGCCCGCCGAGGCCAAGCAGGACACUGCCGCGGCGUCCGGCGCGACGAGCAACAAUGAUGAGCCCUCGAGCCCGCCGCCGCCGCCGCCCGAGGCCGAGGAAGACGCACCGUCGGGCAAGCCGUCGUCGAGCAAACAAACAAGUGCCGCCAGCGGCGGAGAGAAGAAGUCGGCGUGA